CAGUCAUUGAUUUGAAAACUUAGCCACCAAAAAUCUGGCCAAAAAAUACAUCUCAGCAGGGGAAAUUUCAAAUGCUGCGGUGCGAGGGGAAUCCUCAGAAAACUUUUAGGUCUCUUUCUUUUUAAGCAAACGAACAAAUGUCGAUUCAGCUCAUCAGAAAGGCUGUUCCUGGAGCAGACGAAGCUAUUGUUGAAUAUAUCGAAGGUUAUCUUCGCGAAAACGACUUCGAAGAUGAUGAGGAUGCCAUUGCAGAUUUCGUGAAACCCAUCUUGAUUGAUGCUGGUGGCGAUGAAGAUAAAAUCAACGAACUUUGUGAACAUUUAUCCAGUCUUUUACAAGCCAACCAAAAGGCUGCCGCACCUGCUAAAUUAUCGAAAUUAGAGCACUCUUUCACCAUGGGCAACCAAAGUGGUGUCUCAGCAACCUCCAGUCUCGGUAGAGGUGCUGUCGAUUUAGAGCACGCUUCAGGUCGUCGUAUUCAGUCUCAAGUUAAUCAGGAUAAAUUACGUAAAGCCGAAAUGAAGAUUGCCUCCAAAAUGGCUAAACGUAGUGAAAAGAGUAACAUGAAGGUUGAAUACGAAGCUUCUCGUUUGUUAGACGAACAAAAGAAGAUGCAGGAAGAGUACAAAUUAUACAAUCCUAUUUUGGAUUAUACCACCACCAAAGGAAAGAACAAGGAUAUCAAGAUCGAGAAUUUCGAUAUUUCAUUUGCUGGCCGUCGUAUUUUGACCGAUGCCAACUUGACAGUUGCUUUUGGUAGACGUUAUGGUGUUGUCGGUAAGAACGGUAUCGGUAAAUCCACUUUACUCAGAGCUAUGGCUCGUCGUGAAAUCUCUGUACCUCAACAUAUUUCUCUUCUCUACGUUGAGCAAGAAGUUGUUGGUGACGAUACUCCUGCUAUUGAAAUGGUUCUUCGUGCCGAUGUCUGGCGUGAGCAUUUGCUUGAAAAGGAACGUGACUUGACUCGUAAAAUUAACGCCAUUGAAGCUGAGCAAAAUGACGAAGAGAAUUUGACCGAGGAUGAUAAGAAGGCCUUGGAAGCUGAGAAGGAUAAAUUGAACACUGAAAUGAAGGAAGUCUUUGCUAAGUUGACCGAAAUUGAGAGUGAUAAGGCUGAAAGUAAGGCUUCUGCUAUUUUGGCAGGUCUUGGUUUUGGUGCUGUCGAACAAAAGAGACCUACAAGAGAAUUCUCUGGUGGUUGGAGAAUGAGAAUUUCUCUUGCUCGUGCCUUGUUCUGUAAGCCUGAUGUUUUGAUGCUUGAUGAACCUGAUAACAUGUUGGAUAUCCCUGCCAUUGUUUGGUUAGAAAACUACCUCAAGUCUUGGACAAAUACCUUGCUUGUAGUUUCUCACGACAGAGAAUUUUUGGACGAAGUUGCUACAGAUAUUUUGUACAUGCACUCAGAGAAAUUGGAAUACUAUAAGGGUAACUUUACCAACUUCCAUGCUACCAAGGAAGAGCGUCGUAAGGCACAAUUCAGAGAAUAUGAAUCUCAAGAACAAUAUCGUAAGCAUCUCCAAGAUUUCAUUGAUCGUUGGAGAUAUAACGCCAAACGUGCCCCUCAGGCACAAUCUAAAAUCAAGAUUCUUGAGAAAUUACCGGUUUUGGAACCUCCUGAGGCUGAAAAAGAAAUCACCUUUCAAUUCCCUAAUCCCGAUUCAUUAUCACCACCUAUUCUUCAAAUGUCAGAGGUCACCUUUGGUUACACUCCUGAAAAGACAAUUAUCCGUCAUGUGAAUAUCGAUUUGAGAAUGGAUUCACGUAUUGCUGUUGUUGGUCCUAACGGUGCUGGUAAAUCUACCAUGUUGAAAUUAUUAACAGAGGAGAACAAGCCUUCCUCUGGUAUUGUGCAUAGAAAUGGCCGUCUUCGUAUUGCUUACUUUACACAACAUCAUAUUGAUCAACUUGAUUUAACAAAGAACGCUGUCGGAUUCAUGGCAGAUCAGUUCCCUGGUAAGACCGAAGAAGAAUAUCGUCGUCACUUGGGUUCUUUCGGUAUUACUGGUAUGGUUGGUCUUCAAAUUAUGAAAACUUUGUCUGGUGGUCAAAAAUCUCGUGUCGCUUUCGCCUGUCUUAGUAUGCAACAUCCCCAUAUUUUGGUUCUUGAUGAACCUACUAACCAUUUGGAUAUGGAGUCUAUGGAUGCGUUACAAGACGCUCUUGCCGAAUUUAAGGGUGGUGUUAUUAUUGUUUCUCACGAUGAAAGAUUUAUUAAUACCGUCUGUAACGAAAUUUGGAUUUGUGAAGGUGGUGUUCUUAACAAGUUCUCUGGUACUAUCAAGAAUUAUAAGGAACUCAUCUGUCCUAAGGAUGCUUAAACAAUGUUAGACCGUCCCCAAAAACGACAACAAAAAUGUUACAUAUAAAUUUCAAUUGUUUAAAUAAACAAUUCAUAUCUUUCUUUUUUA